CACACCUCAGUAAGUCACAGGGCAACGAGCGAUUUCUCUGAUUUCGCCGAGAGAGCUAAACUAAAACAGGGCUCUGUCCCCACUUGGUGCUGCGUACACAGAAGAAGCAAGGACUGAUUUCUGAUAGGAACACAUGAGGGUCUUUCCUGAGAACUCAUAUUGCACUAGCAACUGUUUGUUGUGUAACGUGUUAUGGAAAAGUAGGGCACACGGUAUGAUUUGUCAGGACCAGCUAGUUGUUAAAGAGGUGCAAAGGCGGUGUUUUAUUUUUAAUUCAUCAAGCCCAGUAUUUUGGAGUCUAUUUUCGAAUUUAACAUUUAACCAAAGUCUCCUCCUUCAUUUAACCUACUUCAGUUAAACUGCCUGAUUUGUAAAUGAAGAAUCUUUGUGACGAAUUACCCCGAAUACACAAAGGAAAAACAUGAUUUCACUUGACGUGCCCGUUUUGGCCCAGGAAUUGUACAGAAGAAGUGUUGCCUAUUCGAGUGAAAUGGGAAGUAAGACUUUGCCCGCUCCAAUCCCCCUACACCCACCGCUGCAGUUGACGAACUAUUCGUUCCUGAGGGCGGUAAACACUUUCCCAUCGGCAGUGGACCAGCUGCAGGGUUUGUAUGGCCUCAGCACCGUCCAGACCAUGCACAUGAACCAGUGGACUACCCUGGGCUAUCCUCACCUCCACGGGAUCGCCAGGUCGACUUUUACUGAGAUGGCUGCCGCUCAAGGCUUCAUGGACAGCAGGUUCCCGUUCCCAGCGCUGCCCUUCAGCGCACACGUCUUCCACCCCAAGCAAGGCAGCCUCACCCACGUCCUGCCCUCGCUGCAGAAGGAGCGCCCCCGCUUUGACUUUGCCAACCUGGCGCUGGCAGCCACCCAGGAGGACCCGCCAAAGCCUGGAGACUUUCCCAAGCUCAGCGCCGGGGUCGGAGGCUCUCACGGGGAGGUUGGUAAACUCACCCUGGACAGGAAACCUUCCAGGGGCAGACUACCCUCCAAGACCAAAAAAGAAUUCAUCUGCAAGUUCUGCGGCAGGCACUUCACAAAAUCCUACAACCUCCUCAUACACGAGAGGACCCACACGGACGAGAGGCCGUACACGUGUGACAUCUGCCACAAGGCGUUCAGACGGCAGGAUCAUUUGAGAGAUCACAGGUAUAUCCAUUCCAAAGAGAAACCUUUCAAGUGUCAGGAGUGUGGGAAAGGAUUCUGCCAAUCCAGGACUUUAGCCGUUCACAAAACACUACACAUGCAGGAAUCUCCUCACAAAUGUCCCACAUGCGGAAGAACGUUUAAUCAAAGAAGUAAUCUGAAAACUCACCUUCUUACCCAUACAGACAUCAAGCCCUACAAUUGCGAACAGUGUGGCAAAGUAUUCCGACGUAACUGCGAUCUGCGACGGCACAGCCUAACUCACACUCCCCGGGCGGAUUAUUGAGCGAACCUACAGCCAAGCCACUCCGCGUUACUUGAAUUUGCUGUGAAUACUUGUAUAAAAUAAAUAAAUAUCCUCCCCCCAAAAAUGGGUUAAAAAAACGGACGAUUGCCAAAUCCAUGUAAUUCAAUUGUUUUAUACAUAUCCCAAUUCAAUCAGAAUCUUCGUGUAUAUAAAAUGUUUUUAUACUGCUCUACGUCCAAUCCUCAAAUGGGAUAAAUUGAAAGCAUGUGAAUAAUGAUAAUAAAAAUGCUUUUUAUCAUGUCA